AAAACGAAGAAGCAGUAGAAGUAAAAAUAAGCUACUUGUCGUUUUAACGUUGAUUUCUGAUCCCUUCUCGGAGCGAAUGCUCGCUGAAUGUGAUGCAGCACAGCUUUCGGAUGAUCCUCGCCUGCUGGAACCCGAUCACAGCAGCAAAACAUAUAUGAUGUUCAGUUUAAAGUCUUCUCCUGCACUUUCCUACCAAGUUUAAAUAUGCUUCACUAAGCACGUCCAUCAAGAAGAAGUUGCUGAAACCAGAUAAACAUAAAGAAUAUGGCAUCUGGAAGAUGUCCCAGUACUCAGCAGAUAUCAUCUGGUACUCUCCACAUGAAUACAUCUCUCACACAAACGAAGAAACGUAGCAAGAAGAGAACUCACUACUGUGUGGAGUGUGGAAAGAGUUUUACUCAAAAAAGUUCUCUCAAAAUACACCAGCGUAUUCACACAGGAGAGAAGCCGUAUCACUGCUCAGAGUGUGGGAAGAGUUUUAAUCGUCCGAGUCACCUUCAAGAACACCAGCACAUUCACACAGGACAGAGGCCAUAUUGGUGCUCAGAGUGUGGGAAGAGUUUUAGUCAUCAGAGUAAUCUCCAGCACCACCAGCGCAUUCACACUGGAGAGAAGCCAUAUCACUGCUCAGACUGUGGGAAGAGAUUUAAUCGUCAAAGUCACCUUCAAGAACACCAGCGCAUUCACACAGGAGAGAAGCCACAUUGCUGCUCAGAGUGUGGAAAGAGUUUUAAUCGUCAGAGUCACCUUCAAGAACACCAGCGCAUUCACACAGGAGAGAAGCCAUAUUGGUGCUCAGAGUGUGGCAAGAGUUUUAAUCAUCACAGUAAUUUCCAGAACCACCAGCGCAUUCACACGGGAGAGAAGCCAUAUCACUGUUCAGAGUGUGGGAAGAGUUUUACUCAGCAGACUACUCUCAAAAUACACCAGCGUAUUCACACGGGAGAGAAGCCAUAUCACUGUUCAGAGUGUGGGAAGAGUUUUAAUCGUCAGAGUCACCUUCAAGAACACCAGCGCAUUCACACAAGAGAAAAGCCGUUUUACUGCUCAGAGUGUGGGAAGAGUUUUACUCAGCAGACUACUCUCCAUCGACACCAGCACAUUCACACAGGAGAGAAGCCGUAUCACUGCUCAGAGUGUGGGAAGAGUUUUACUCAGCAGAGUUCCCUCCAACAACAUCAGCUGAUUCACACAGGAGAGAAGCCGUAUCACUGCUCAGAGUGUGGGAAUAGGUUUAAUCGUCAGAGUAAUCUCCAUCGACACCAGCACACUCACACAAGAGAGAAGCCGUAUUAUUGCUCAGACUGUGGAAAGAAUUUCAGGUGUUCAAAGACUGUGACGAAACACAAGUGUAUUAAGAGCAAUGGUGGAAAGGGGCAGUGUUCCGUUAAAAGUCUUCUGCUGCACUUUCCUGCCAAGUUUAAAUAUGCUUCCCUAAGCACAUCCGCCAAGAAGAAGCUGCUGAAACCGGAUAAAUGUAAGAAUAUGGCAUCCGGAAGAAGUUCCCGUACUCAGCAGAAAUCAUCUGGUACUCUCCACAUGACUACAUCUCACACACAAACACAGAAAUGCAGCAAGGAGAGAACUCACUACUGUGUGGAGUGUGGAAAGAGUUUUACUCUAAAAAGUACUCUCAAAAUACACCAGCGUAUUCACACAGGAGAGAAGCCGUAUCACUGCUCAGAGUGUGGAAAGAGUUUUAAUCGUCAGAGUCAUCUCAGACAACACCAGCGCAUUCACACGGGAGAGAAACCGUAUCACUGCUCAGAGUGUGGGAAGGGUUUUAAUCGUCAGAGUCACCUUCAAGAACACCAGCGCAUUCACACAGGAGAGAAGCCGUAUCACUGUUCAGAAUGUGGGAAGAGUUUUAAUCAUCAGAGUAAUCUCCAGCACCACCAGCGCAAUCACAUGGGAGAGAAGCCAUAUCACUGCUCAGAGUGUGGGAUGAGGUUUAAUCGUCAGACUCACUUUCAAGAACACCAGCGCAUUCACACAGGAGAGAAGCCGUAUUACUGCUCAGAGUGUGGAAAUAGUUUUAAUAAACAGAGUCAUCUCCAACGACAUCAGCGGAUUCACACAGGGGAGAAGCCGUAUCACUGCUCAGAAUGUGGGAAGAGUUUUAAUCGUCAAAGUACUCUCCAAGAACACCAGCGCAUUCACACAGGAGAGAAGCCGUUUUACUGUUCAGAGUGUGGGAAGAGUUUUACUCAGCAGAGUUCCCUCCAACAACAUCAGCUUAUUCACACAGGAGAGAAGCCGUAUCACUGCUCAGAGUGUGGGAAGUGUUUUAAUCGUCAGAGUACCCUCCAUCGACACCAGCACAUUCACACAGGAGAGAAGCCGUAUUACUGUUCAGACUGUGGAAAGAAUUUCAGGCAUUCAAAGACUGUGACGACCCACAAGUGUAUUAAGGGCAACGAUGGAAAUGGGCAGUUGAUGUGCAAGACAGGUGCCACCUUCAUCCAAAAAAAGGAUGAACUCGCGAAAUGGGCGGCUGAGCACCACAUUACGCUCAAUGCCGUAAAUGCCCUGCUAGCUGUCCUUGGCAAGCAUCACCCAACUUUACCUAGAGAUGCUAGGACACUGUUAGGUGUCAUGCGGCGACUUCUUCACCUGUGGCUGAAGUUAGGUCCUCUCACUUGUAGGCUGCCUGGGUUUCAGCAAAAUCUAUUAACAGAGCGACUGCUGGGUGCUCAGAGCUGCGUGCCUGUGGAGAUUGCACGUAGACCAAGUCUUCUCCUGCACUUUCCUACCAAGUUUAAAUAUGCUUCCCUAAGCACGUCCAUCAAGAACAAGCUGCUGAAACCGGAAAAUUGUAAGAAUAUGGCAUCCAGAAGAUGUUCCGGUACUCAGCAGAUAUCAUCUGGUACUCUCCACAUGAAUACAUCUCAUACACAAACACAGAAAUGCAGCAAGGAGAGAAUUCACUACUGUGUGGAGUGUGGAAAGAGUUUUACUGUAAAAAGUACUCUCAAAAUACACCAGCGUAUUCACACAGGAGAGAAGCCGUAUCACUGCUCAGAGUGUGGAAAGAGUUUUAGUCAUCAGAGUAAUCUCCAGCACCACCAGCGCAUUCACACGGGAGAGAAGCCGUAUCGCUGCUUAGACUGUGGGAAGGGUUUUAAUCGUCAGAGUCACCUUCAAGAACACCAGCGCAUUCACACAGGAGAGAAGCCAUAUUACUGCUCAGAGUGUGGAAAGAGUUUUAAUAAACGGAGUCAUCUCCAACGACACCAGCGGAUUCACACAGGGGAGAAACCGUAUCACUGCUCAGAAUGUGGGAAGAGUUUUAAUCGUCAAAGUACUCUCCAAGAACACCAGCGCAUUCACACAGGAGAGAAGCCGUAUCACUGCUCAGAGUGUGGGAAGAGUUUUACUCAGCAGAGUUCCCUCCAACAACAUCAGCUUAUUCACACAGGAGAGAAGCCGUAUCACUGCUCAGAAUGUGGAAAGGGUUUUACUCAACAGAGUUCUCUCCAUCGACACCAGCACAUUCACACCGGAGAGAAACCGUAUUACUGUUCAGACUGUGGAAAGAAUUUCAGGCAUUCAAAGACUGUGACGACCCACAAGUGUAUUAAGAACAACGGUGGAAAUGGGCAGUUAUGUUAGUGUAACCUGAACACAUACCAGUGGUAGGAGUCUUCAGGAACCUUUGCUUCGAGUCCAGAUUUCAAACUCUUUUUCUACAAAGGCAUGAGCAGAAAAUGAAAUACAGUGGAGGAAAUAAUUUGAUCCCUUGCUGAUUUUGUAAGUUUGCCCACUGACAAACAAUGAAGAGUCUAUAACUUUUAAUGGUAGGUUUGUUUUAACAGUGAGGAAAAAGAAAAUCACAUUAUAGAAAAUAUAUAAAUUGAUUUGCAUUUCAUUGAAUGAAAUAAGUAUUUGAUCUCCUACCAACCAUUAAGAGUUCUGGCUCCCACAGACCGGUUAGAUACUCCUAAUUUCAACUCGUCAUUGGCAUUAAAGACACCUGUCUCAACUUGUCACCUGUAUAAAAGACACCUGUCCACUCAAUCAAUCAGACUCCAACCUCUCCACCAUGGGCAAGACCAAAGAGCUGACUAAGGAUGUCAGGGACAAGAUUGCAGACCACACAAGGCUGGAAUGGGCUACAAAACCAAAAAGCAAGAAGCUGGCAGUUUCCUUAAGCUGCUUUCAAGCUUAAGAUGAAUUUCUAGAUCCUUAGUGCAUGGUUUUGUGUCCUCAGCUGACACAUCUUCCUCCUGCUUGGUUCUAGCUGAGAUGUGCUCUUCAGGUUGCUCCUUCAAUGGUGACACGGUCCUCCUCUCCAACCGCUUAAUCUGAGGGCAGGUUCUGGUGCAGCUCCUGUCUGCAGAUCCUGAGACACAACAUGGAGACACAAUUGAUUUGUGGAAGAGUUUUGAAAAGAUAACUUCCAUUAAAUGUACUUUUUCAUAUAUUUGCCAUACUGUUACUUCCGUAGAAGCUUUGUCCUGGAUGAGCUCCAUCUCUUCUAACUCAUCCAUGACCUGCUAGAAGAUAUUUCACUUGACUGUGUACCAUCAAAUUACCUGCUUAUCAAGCGAACGCUGUGUGUCUUCCAAAAACCAACAGAACUUGUUUAAGGACUAUUUUAUUAUUUUCCCUGAAUUUCCUGCUGAACUGAAGAUGUUAUCUUACUCUAACACACAGCUUCUCAACCCUGGUCUUUUUCUUGCUUGUGACAAGACAGAAGGUUUGCUGGAACCUUUUGUCAUUUUCUCAGUGUUUAGACUAAAACACAGAAAACCAAGUAAUCAGUGUAAAUGGUCUUGCACAUUGGAUCAAAUGCAGUCAAGUUAAAAACUCUACUGCCGUCCUGGGAGAUCUCCGUAUUUGUUACACAUCUGUCGUUUAUCAUGCCAAAGUCAUGUAAGAAGGGUCUCUUAUUGAGUCCCCUCAUAUUGGAGAGUUGUGUUUGGAGUUUGAUGACUGUCCGUUUUAGACGUUGCUUAAUCAGCUCUCGGUGGUUUCAUAAAUGUAUUAAAAUUAAAGUGUUCUACGAAUUCAAAAGGCAUCUUGAAAUGCAAACACCAGCACAUUCAUACAGGAGAGAAACCAUAUAACUGCUCAGAGUGUGGGAAAAGCUUUAUUUACCAGAACUCUUUCCAAUGACACCUGCUCAUUCAUAGAGAAGAGAAGCCAGAUUACUGUUUAGAGUGUGGGAAGAGUUUUGCUCAACCGAUUCAUUUCCAACAACAGCUUUUUCACACAGGAGAGGAAUAGUAUCAGCAGAUUGUAGCUGGCAAUGUACCUUGUGUAUCCUCAUCCAGUGAACAAGAAAUAAAACAAAACUGAGAACUGAA